AUCGAGCUUUGUACAUUCAUUGGAUGACAUCAAACUGUGUAAAAUAAGAGCGAAAAAGACUAAUUGGUCUUAUCACGUUAUUUCUGACACAUUUUAAGGUGUGUUUUUGGCAUUCGGGCUUUAUCAGUUAUUGUUUUGGCUGUUGAUUUCAAAAUUAAACCGAUUCCUAUCAGACGAUAACUUGGGUUGCAUAAGCGCAGGCGCUUUCAUUCUAACCAAAUGUUCUAUUUCAUCGAAAAUCUUGGUGGAUUUCUUGCUAUACCGUCUAAAUAAUCUUGUCAAAAAGUAAAUUUGGCAGAUUAUUACAUUUAUUUCAAUUUUAUUGAUUUUUUUCUCUAAAAUUCAAGUGGUGAAAAAAAGAUUGGAAAAUAUUUGAACAUGAAGCAUCUCCGAACCAAAGACCGAAGAGAUUAGUGAACAAAGUACGUGAAUCGAGUGUAUGUGUGUACGCGACAUUCAAUACACAAACGUCAUUGUUGACGUUUCAACAGUGUGCGUAGUUAUAAUAUUGGCAACUGGCUAGCAUAACGAAAACGAAACAAAUAUUUUAGAUUGAAGCCGUCUGUGUGUUUCGACAUUUGAUUCGCUGUGUUCUAGGGGCAAACAAUCUAUUUUAACAUUUUCAACAACUUGAACCUCAAUUUAUUUUGAUAUUAUCCCAAUUUAGUUUUUUCUCCAAUUAAAAUUUAGACCUUGAUAUUAAAUCAUCCGAUAAAAUGUUAUCAAUUUUGGGACAGAUUUUACGUCAAAACACUCGAGUGAUCUCUCGUUUGACCAAAGUUCAAUGUGCAAACUCGGUGCGAAGCAUAUCGUUCGAGUUGAGCGACGAGCAAAAAGAGUUCCAAGAUGUUGCGCGUAAAUUUACACGCGAAGAAAUCGUGCCGAAUGCACCGAAAUACGAUAAAACCGGUGAAUAUCCAUGGGAUAUUAUAAAGAAGGCUCAUGCCAUCGGGCUGCUCAACAGCCACAUUCCAGAGGAGGUGGGUGGAUUGGGAUUGGAUGUGAUGACUGGUUGUAUUAUUGCCGAAGAGCUGGCCUACGGUUGUACUGGUAUUAAAACUGCAUUGGAAGGCAGUGGAUUGGGUCAAAUGCCAGUCAUUAUUUCCGGUAAUCCGGAACAACACAAGAAAUAUUUGGGUCGUUUAAUCGAAGAACCACUUAUGGCUGGCUAUUGUGUUACGGAACCGGGUGCUGGAUCUGAUGUCAGCGGCAUCAAAACAAAUGCUGUGAAAAAAGGCGACGAAUACAUUUUGAACGGACAAAAGAUGUGGAUCACCAAUGGUGGUGUUGCCAAUUGGUAUUUUUUGUUGGCCCGUACAAACCCAGAUCCAAAAUGCCCGACUGGAAAAGCAUUCACCGGCUUUAUUGUUGAACGUGAAUGGGAAGGUGUGACACCAGGAAGAAAGGAAAUCAACAUGGGUCAAAGAGCAUCUGACACUCGUGGCAUCACCUUCGAAGAUGUCCGAAUUCCAAAGGAGAAUGUGUUGGGCAAAGAAGGUGAUGGUUUCAAAAUUGCCAUGAACACAUUCGAUAAGACACGACCACCCGUUGCGGCUGGCGCCAUCGGCCUGGCACAACGAGCUUUGGAUGAAGCAUUGAAAUAUGCUCUUGAACGCAAAACAUUCGGAACACCAAUUGUUAACCAUCAAGCGGUGGCAUUCAUGUUGGCGGAUAUGGCAAUCGGUAUUGAAACGGCCCGUUUGGCCAUGUACAAAUCGGCUUGGGAAACAGAUAACGGUAAACGUAACAGCUACACUGCUUCCAUCGCCAAAUGUUAUGCAUCUGAAAUUGCUAAUAAAAUCGCUAGCGACGCUGUGCAAAUAUUCGGUGGUAAUGGAUUCAAUACAGAGUAUCCGGUGGAGAAACUGAUGCGUGACGCAAAAAUCUAUCAAAUCUACGAAGGAACAUCACAAAUUCAACGAAUGAUCAUAUCGCGUGCUUUAAUCGAUGCUGCCAAAUCGAAGGCGUGAAUCUGCGACCAUUUUAACGAUUUCAAUCAUGCUAUAUUUUUAUAAAAGAAUUGUAAACACCCAGUUGUAUGGUACCAUUCGCUCUAAACGUAAUUGUUGAGAGUUAAUAUAUUUAAUAAAGAUUUUUAAAAAAUAUACCAAAUGCUUCGAAGACAAUUAACUCACGUAAUUUUCCAUCUGUUCAAUUAUAAUCCCGUUCGAAAACCUGAACAAUUUUUUUUUUUUUAGAAAAAACACGGUUUAUUUGAAAUUUUGGCGUUUACAUUCUUUUAUGAAUAAUGAUGAUAAAUGAUUAAGAAUUUGAAUGCGUGUUAUCUGUUGAAAAUGCGCCAGAAUACUCUCGAAUGUCACAUGAAAGAGAUUUUGUUGUUGGUGCAAAUCAAUCAUGCUACAAAAAUUGAUGAUUUUACUCCAAAUUUAUGCAAUGUUUGUUGGACAAAUUAAAUUAUGAUAAAAUUUAAGAAAAA